UCUGAUUCGCGGGAAAAGUGAAAAAUGGCGACGGUCGAAGUUUGAAGUUUAGCGCCACGAAAACAGGGACGGAGGGACGGAGAGACAGGACAGAGAGACACAGGACAGAGAGAGACAGGACAGAGAGAGACAGAGACGGGGAGAGGACAGACGCUGAAGACACGGGCUGUCUGUCGGACUAACACCGCCCGUCUGUGUGUCUGUGGUUCGGAGGACAGGUGGAGACGGACCGGAGGAGGAUGUUUGAGGACCUGAUUGAAGCCUUCUGCGGUCUGGAGCCUCAGGUGUCUCAGAGGGGCGGGGCCUGUCAGAUGGGGCGUGGUCUGGAUGAAGGGGAGGGGGAGGAGUCCAGUCUGAGUGUUGGACAGUUCGUCCUCUGUCAUUGGUCAGAUGGACUCUACUACCUGGGCAAGAUACAGAGGGUGAGCCCCCCCAGGCAGAGCUGCUUUGUGACGUUUGAGGACAACUCCAAGUUCUGGGUCCUCUGGAAGGACAUCCAACACGCUGGAGUGCCGGGGGAGGAGCCUCGCUGUUCUGUGUGUCGGGAGGCGGAGCCGAAUUCUGACAGCCAAUCAAACCAAAACAACCAGAUCCUCAUCUGUGGGAAGUGUGGCAUCGGUUUCCACCAGCAGUGCCAUGUUCCUCCAGUAGAGGGCAGCAGCAGCCUCAGCCCCUGGUUCUGCAGACGUUGUGUCUUCGCUCUGGCAGUCCGGAAAGGGGGCGCUCUGAAGAAAGGUCCUAUAGCCAAAGCUCUGUCAGCCAUGAAGCAGGUGUUACCGUACGACCUGGACACUCUGGACUGGGACUCCCAACAUCGGACCAAUCAGCAGCAGUGUUACUGUUACUGUGGAGGCCCCGGAGAGUGGUACCUGAAGAUGCUGCAGUGUUUCAGGUGUCAGCAGUGGUUCCAUGAGGCCUGUACUCAGUGUCUGCAGGAGUGCAUGCUGUUUGGAGACAGGUUUUACCUCUUCCUGUGUUCGGCCUGUAAUAAAGGAUCAGAGUACGUCCGGCGUCUGUCUCUGAGGUGGGUCGACCUGGUUCACCUGGUUCUCUACAACCUGUCGGUCAGCAGCAAGAAGAAAUACUUUGAGCUGGACGAGAUCCUCGCCUUCGUCUCUGCAAACUGGGAACACUUACAGCUCGGAAAGCUGUCCAACACCCCUCUGUCAGAGAGAGGGCAGCAUCUGCUGGAUGCCCUGAAUAAAUACAAGAGCAAGUUUCUGUGUGGGAAGGAGAUAAAGAAGAGGAAGUGCAUCUUUCGGCUGAGGACCAGAGUCCCUCCCAACCCCCCCUCCAAGCUCUUUCCUGAGCGCGCUCCAAACGAUGGAGGACGGGGCCGUAAGAAAGGCGUGGUCAGGAACAGCAAUGCGUCAGCUGAGAGGAAGAAGAGGAAAUCCAAGUGGCUACUUGAAGAUGCUAUUCCUAAUAAUGAGCUGUCCUGCAGUUGGACGUCUAACCAUCACAUGGCCAACAUCUUUGACUUCACCCUGGACGAACUGCAGAGCCUCAAAAGUAGUUCCAGUAGGACAGUCAGUAUCGAUCAGGACUCCACUGAUGCCUCCACGUCAGGUUCUGCUACGACCAGCGCCUCCUAUCACUUCAGAAGGAGGGUGGGCAGCAGGAAGAGGAAGCUACCUAGCAACAGCUACAGCCAGUGGGCCAAUCGCAGUGAGACAGGGGAGGAGCUUGGAGGAGAGGAGCCAACUGGGAUGCUUGAUGACCAAGAAGCUACGAGCCACACCCACCUUACCACAGACCCCUCCCAUUUCCUGUCGGACCCCUCCCAGAUUCCCUCUGACUCCUCCCACCUCCACUCCUCCAUCUCUUCGUAUUUUGGAGUGGCGGGCAGGCUGACCAAUGGGGAGAGGUACCAAGUGUUGGCUCGACGUAUCACUCCUCAGGGGACGGUCCAGUACCUGCUGGAGUGGGAGGGGACAACACCUUACUAGGAAGUUAAAGGGACAGUUUGUGUGUUUUGACGUGGGGCUGUGUUCAGUCUGUCAGGUGACCCCCGCCCCAGAAGACCCAGACUGUCCCUCUAACAGAGUAACUGGUUACAUGUGAAGCUUUGAUUCCUCUUCCUCCACUCUCACUGAGGACCGUUUGUUUCCAGCUGAGCUCCCAGCCCGGCACUUGAUUGGUCGAAACCACUCUCAGCUUAAUUACCUCAACAAUAAAGGUGGCGUGUUCAGUGUCCAUGACAACAGUCCACCCAA